GCGCCCAGUUUCCACCAGAGGGCGCUGCCGCAGCACCGGUCGGAUGCUGCUGCUGCUAAACGCUCCAGAGAAGAAGAGAUGUUCCCGUCUGCAGGAAGUGUUUGGUACCGUCGCCUGUAGGAGCCGCACGAGAGAACUGCAGCUCAUUCUGAAGCAUUAAGAAAAUGUCAGCCGAUGAAAUCGACUACAACAUUGUGUUUCCUGAUGCGGGCACGACAGAGAGACACUGGAAGGGGACAAAGGAGCCAGUUGUGAUCCUGUUAGGCUGGGCUGGGUGCAAAGACAAGCACCUGUCCAAAUACAGCUCCAUCUACAACGAGCAGGGGUGUGUUACCAUCCGCUACACAGCUCCCCUGAAGACCGUCUUCAUCUCAGAGUCCUUUGGCUACAAGGAGCUGAGCAGCACAGCCCUCAAGCUGCUGGAGAUCCUCUACGACUACGAAGUGGAGAACAGUCCCAUCUUCUUUCACAUAUUCAGUAACGGGGGCUUCAUGCUAUUCCGCUACAUGGUGGAACUGCUGCACAGUGACAAACAGUUCAGCUCGCUGUGUGUGAUCGGGGCUGUGGUAGACAGCGCUCCAGGUAAUGCGAAUAUCCGCGGUGCUCUGCGCGCUCUGUCAGCCACGUUAGGACCCAACAUAAGCCCUCUUCUACGGUACUUCCUCUUAGCCCUCUUUGCUGUGACCGUCUUUCUUUUGCGGGUGGUGUUGUAUCCUCUGACGAAGUUCAUUCACAAAAACCACUAUGAUGCCGUGCAAGACCGGCCUCCCGCCUGGCCUCAUUUCCACCUGUACUCCAGAGCCGACCAGGUGAUCCGACACAGGGACAUCGAGCAGUUCAUGGAUACCUUGAAGAAGAAAGGCGUCCCCGUGGACAGUUACGAUUUCGUCUCCAGCUCCCAUGUCUGUCAUUUCCGAGAUUUUCCUGAGCAGUAUACUCGCAAGUGCCGCAGUUUCCUUGUUGCUUGCAUGAAAGACUUGGAAGGAGCGGAAAUGAAAAAUGUUUACAAAGUCAGUGAAACCUGGAAAAGAAACUGAAUUUUUUUCUUAAAAUCUGAAAAGCAAUCAAACUGCCUAAGUGGUUUGACAAACUUCUGAGAAACUAGAAAGAGAAUUUUAAUAAAUUCUAAUAUUGCAAAGUUGAAACGAGUCUCCUGUGCACUUGAAGGGAAGGUCCCACUUUUCUGGUGUUAAUAAAUCCUGGCACACACUGGAACUCUCAUGCUGCUGAAGUAUGUGGGAUAAAGGCGGAGCUCUGCUUCCUCUAAUGUUUUUACAACUGUCUUGAUCCACAUGUCGGCGUAGAUCCAACCACAGUUGAACGUCUUAGGGAAUGAAGUCUUUGUGCUGUGAAAUGUGAUGCAUUGUAGAUUAGUAGUAGUGCAUAUUACACGAUGCAGCUGUAUUUAGUUUUAAUAAAUGUAAUUAAUGAUUUACUGAAAUUGGAUUGAAGGGGUGCUCAUAAUGAAGGUAACCGUCAUAUUAAAGUGAUUCUUUUGUUUUUGCAACUUAGAACGUUUUUAAAUUGUUGCCUUAUGAAGUCAAUUUCUUUUAAAAUUGUCACAAAUGUUUAAUUAUUCAGCUCUAAUAUGUGAUCCAGUAUAAAUUUAGUCCAGGAUCAAAGUUGCGUGACAAUGAAUGUAUGUCUCCAGCAAAACUAAUUUAUUCCUCUUAACUGAUGUGCCUUCAAUAAACCAGAAUGCUCACAGUCAAA